AGGGAUUCAAGCGUUGGUGCCUCUCAUCAACAAAUGGAAAAUAGGGUGAAGCACAUGCGUGUUGAAAGAUCAAUCGCCAGAUCUCUACAGGUGCACGUUCUACUGCCGAUUCACCAACACUAUCCAUCCUAUUCAAGUGUAUCUGACUUUAAUCGUGAUGGUAGAAAUCUCGAUGAGUGUGCGGCAUCACUUUAUCCAGGAGCUUGUCCAAGAAUCGUAUUUCGUCCUGCAGAAUUACUCAAGCCUGAUAUUGUACACAUUCGGCGUUUCCAACGGCGCCGCCUGCCAACUUAG